GGCGCGCGCACAAGUCAUGGAGGCGAGUCCGAGGCCGGCUUCCCCCUAUGCCAUCCGCGAGGGGGACUGGGCUGUUCUCAAGCGGGGUGAGGUCUUCAAGGCGGUCGCGGUAGUGAAGCGAAGAAAAAUUAUUUUUGAAAAACAGUGGUUCUGCCUGGACAAUGCCAUUGGGCAUAUCUAUGGAACAACAUUUGAAGUGAGCAGUGGUGGGAGCCUUCAGCCAAAGAAGAAAGUGGAAGAAGCAGCUACAGAAACAAAAGAAGCAGGCACAGAUAAUCGUAAUAUUGUUGAUGAUGGAAAGUCUCAAAAACUGACUCAUGAUGAUAUAAAGGCUUUGAAAGACAAAGGCACGAAAGGACAGGAAAUAGUUCAACAGUUGAUAGAAAACAGCACCACGUUUAGAGACAAGACAGAAUUCGCCCAGGAUAAAUAUAUCAAGAAAAAGAAAAAAAAAUACGAGGCAGUUAUUACAAUUGUCAAGCCAUCUGCACGUAUUCUGUCAACAAUGUAUUAUGCAAGAGAACCAGGAAAAAUCAACUAUUUGCGAUAUGAUACUCUAGCCCAAAUGUUGACCUGGGGAAAUGUCCAUGCCGGCAACAAGAUGAUCGUAAUGGAAACCUGUGCAGGAUUGGUGCUGGGCGCCAUAAUGGAGCGAAUGGGAGGUUAUGGAUCCAUUAUUCAAAUGUAUCCAGGAGGUGGACCUGUUAGAGCAGCCACAAGCUGUUUUGGGUUUCCAGAAUCAUUUUUCCAUACACUUUACGAGUUCCCUCUCAGCAAAGUGGGCAGUGUUCUCUCAGGAACGCUUUCUUUGAAGACGCUGCCUUCAGAGUCUGAAGAGAGUAAUCCAGUGGCAGAUGACAGCAACGGGGCAGUGGAUGACAAGCAACUUUCCAUACAAGAAGCAGAUAUGGGAUGUGGCACUGAGGUAGCUAUGGAGAGCAACCAACCCGAAGAACAAGAAAUAGCGGACAUUCCAGCCGAGGGUGAAGCAUUUGACAAUAAAGCAAAGGGAAUGCCAUGUGACAAACUAAAGAAGCAAGAGGAGAGGAGGAAAAAGUUAAUGGAGACGGCUGCCUUGUUGAAAGACAAAGAUGCUGAUGGUUUAAUUGUAGCCAGUCGAUUUCAUCCAUCGCCUUUAUUACUCUCAUUACUAGAAUUUGUUGCUCCCUCGAGGCCUUUUGUUGUCUACUGCCAAUAUAAAGAGCCAUUAUUGGAAUGCUACACAAAACUAAGAGAGAGAGGUGGUGUCAUUAAUCUGAAUCUUUCUGAAACAUGGUUACGAAACUAUCAGGUCUUGCCAGAUCGAAGUCAUCCGAGGUUGAUGAUGAGUGGUGGUGGUGGUUAUCUACUGACAGGCAUCACUGUUCUAAAUGAGAGCAUAAAAACAGGUCAUGAUUCGGAACAGAAGGCUGACGAGCCAACGUCUAAAAAGCGUAAACUUCAAGAACACCGCUGACACACGAAGAAGCUUGUUUAUCUUAGGACACAAAUGAUCCUUGUGUUCUGUUGCUAACUGUAUUGAAGAGCACAGAGGCGGGGACUUUGUCUUUCCGUUGCCGCCAGCAACAGACUGUACUGCAGAGAAAGGUGAUCCGUGUAAAUGAGACUGAAAAGAGAGCCUGCGGUGGGAAUCCUCUGCUGUCAUAACCAACCCACACUUCAGUAGUGCCAUAGCUUCAAAAAUGUAUUCUAAACUUCUUCUACGAAAGCGUUCAGGGUAGAACUUCAAGAACCACUCUUCCUGGGGUCGUUACAGAAAUGGGAUGAAUCUCUAGUCCUAUUCUGUUCCAGGGUUUUGCCUUUGAAUUCAAAUCACAUGUUGAAAAUAAUUCGAAUCUAAUCUCACUGCAGCUUCGCUGGGUUAAAAAUGUUGUCCUUCCUGCCUCUGAUUCCAAUAGUGAAACAGAGGUUUCAAACUCAUGCUAUUUUAUGACUGGUGGGAAAAACAAGACUGCUGAUGCUAGAAUAUUGUAUAUUUACUGAACAGAAGAACAAAGGAACAUCAGAUGUAUGUUUGUAAAUUUUAAAAUACCAAUAGUUCACUUACUAACAUUUUUUUAAAAUGAAAGCUGAUUUCCAUCUUUCCUUUUUUUAAAACAUGGCAACUUUAUAUUGCUGUGUAGAGUUUAUGAUUUGUAAAUCUGCGUUUCAAUAAAUUAUAAGAUUUUUUUUUGUA